CGGAAUCCCAAUUUCCUAACUUGGGAGGUGAAUGACGUCGUGAACUCGGCGCUACCGACCAGCCAUUGGCCGUCCCCAGCUCUCCGCCAACUACACCGGCGACACUCACAACGCUGUUGCUGCUCGCUUCAUACAGAAGCAGAAAACACGGGACGAAGACGCGGGAAGGAUUGGGCCAGGAUUGAGCAAGGAGAACCGCGUGGUCGUGGAUGCCAUGGCGUCAAACCAAGCUCUGAAUGCCCUCGGCCACGCCGUCUCCGGCUCGGUAGGCACCGCCAUCUCAACGGCGACGCUGUACCCGCUGGACCUUGUCACGACACGCCUCAAAGCCCAGGGGCAGCUAAAGGACUCGGGCGCCCGCUACGACGGAGUCAUCGCUGCCUUCAAGGGAAUCACUUCGCGCGAGGGUGGGAUUGGGGCCUUGUACAGUGGACUCGGGGAGGACGUGGCCAAGUCUGUGGUGGACAGCUUUCUCUUCUUUGGUUUCUACAACUACUUGCGCCCGCGGCAUCGCAGGCCUAAGAUUAUAGAGGAACUCGCCGUGGGCGCCGUCGCAGGCGCAUGCGCCAGGGCACUCACCACGCCGAUAUCCAAUGUGGUGACGCGGAAGCAGAUGUCGUCUGGGCAGCAGACGCUCCUAGAGAUGCUCGCUGCCAUCCGCAAGCAGAGUGGCCUGCUCGGGCUGUGGUCUGGCUAUUCGGCUACACUGGUCCUCACCCUCAACCCGAGCAUAACCUUCUUUGUCAACCGCAGGCUCGCAGAGCGCAUCAUCCCGGCCUUGGAGGAUGAGGAUAUCCCGGUGGCAUGGGUUGCCUUCUUGAUUGCCGCGUGGAGCAAAGCGACCGCCACCGCCAUCACAUACCCCUUUCAGAAAGGAAAGACGCGGUUGCAGAUGGCGAGUAUACCAACAGACAAGGAAAGGCCCGACGAAGAGAGCGGUGUUCAAGCUCAGAAGGAGUCUGUGUCACUGCGCAACAAGGUAGCCAAGUUCCUUGACCAGACCAUAUUUGGUGUUAUCUUGCACAUCAUCAAGAAAGAAGGCCUACGAGCCCUAUACGCCGGAGUCCAGGGCGAGCUGCUCAAGAGCUUCUUCAGCCAUGGUCUGACGAUGCUCAGUAAAGGCGUGGCUCAUCGACUAGUCAUUCGCUUAUGGUUCUUGAUGCUGCCUCACCUACCGCGACGAAGGAUUCAGUCCAAAUGACGAGGCAUCGAGACUGAG